AUUUCUCAACCAGCAAGCAAGUAUAUUAAAAUAAACAAAUAUAUAACUGUACCGGGUUCAGUUCGUUUGGCUCAGUGCAGGAAAUUACGCUUGGUAUAGCUGUAUAGUUAUCGAAGUAAAAUUCUGCCUAUUUAUUAUUGUUUCUUUAUUAUUUUCUAUAAAGUAUAAUGUCAUUAUUGGAAGAUAUAUUUUUGGGAGAUGAGGCAAAUGAAGCUCAAGAACUGGAAAGAGUUAUAGAGGGUGAAGAGUUUGAAGAAAGGGCACGAUCAGACAGCGACGACAACAGUGAGAAAGAAGAUGAAGCUGAGGAAGAUAUAAGAAGAGUUGAUCCUAACACCACUAAAACAAAGCGAGUUGUGAGAAACCCCCGGUUUGUACUAAAUCCAGCCCGCCUCACUGGACCACGGGGCAUACAAGUUAUACCAGAACAUUUUAAAGAUUUUAAGUUUAAAGGUAAAGGACAUGAAAAAGAAGACUUAGAUUUAAUAUUGAAGAAGCUAGAGCACUGGGCCUACAGGCUUUAUCCAAAAUUUCAGUUUGAAGAUUGUUUGAAGAAAAUCGAAACUCUUGGAAAGAAAAGGCCAGUUAUGGUUCAUCUUACAAAAAUAAGAUCAGGUCAGCUGUUAUUGGAUGAAACAGUUGUGCAGAAGGAUUCCAGUGAUGAAGAGACUCCAGCCGCUGAACCAGAAGAGGAUGAGUUUGACAGGCUCCUGCAGCAGCAGAUAGAGCUGGCUCGUGCAACUCCCGCACCCAACUCUGCUAAGAAACCUCCUCCAAUUCAUAGUCCAAUUGAAAACAGGCUAGUAACAAUACCAAAAGCAACAUCAUCACCAUCCAUAAAUGAAGAACAGAGGGAAAGAAUGCUAAGAAGUAAAAAGUUAGCAGAAGAGAAAAGACUUGCAAGAUUGAAGAAUAAGUCAAUGGAAUCUGCUGAAGCUACAAUAAUUGUUAAUAACGUGAUUGAUGAUAAAGAAGAAAGUGUACCUAUUAAUGAUAAAGAAAUUAUUGAAGUUGAUGAUACAGAAAUAGGAAAAAUAAAGAGGCACAAUAAAUUUAAUGUAAUUGAUAGCUCUGAUGAAGAAGAUGCUGCUGUGACUUGUGUAAAUGAAUCGAUAACUGUGGAUAUACAUUCUAAUCAUGAAAUUAAACAAAAAGAAUAUAAUGCUAAGGAAAAAGAAAAUGUAGAAGAAAAUACAAUAAAUGAUAUAGAAGUGAUGGGGGAUAUUGAAGGUGAUAGAGACAAUUUAGAGAAUCGUUAUAAUGUUGUGACAGAGCACCUAAAAGAAGUGAGCAAUACUAAUGAUAACAUUGAUAAAGAAAGUGAAAUGGUAGAAGCAGAAAGUGACAUUGAAGAUUAUAAUAGACAUGGUUUAGAGAAUCCUAAUGUUGUGACAGACCACCCAACAGUAGUGAGCAAUACUAAUGAUAACAUUGAUAAAGAAAGUGAAAUGGUAGAAGCAGAAAGUGACAUUGAAGAUAAUAGACAUGGUUUAGAGAAUCCUAAUGUUGUGACAGAGCACCCAACAGUAGUGAGCAAUACUAAUGAUAACAUUGAUAAAGAAAGUGAAAUGGUAGAAGCAGAAAAUUGUAAUGAUCAUGGUAAAGGCCCAGCACUAGAAGAAACAAACACAAAUUAUGUAGGCAUAGAAGAAAGUGAAGGAAACAAAAGCCAGGAAGUUAUUGACAAAGAGACAGACAAUUCUGAAGUAAGCAAAACUGUUCACUGUGUUGUAGAUGGGGAUAUGGCAAAUGAUAAAAUAGGUAAUAAAGAACAAAAUGGUUCAGAAGUCUGUGAAAUGAUGGAUGUUGAUUUUAGUGAAGACUUUUAAUUUAUGUUUUAAAUUUUAUUAGGUUAAAGCAGGCUUUUAUUAUAGAACAAAUUUGCUAACACAUUUGA